AUGGAUGCUCAUCGAAGUCAACUAUGGAUAAUCUCUUUAGGUGUCCUUCAUGCUCUUCUGGUUUUUCGCAUCAACAGGGCCAUGGAGCGCUUCUGGGAAGGGACUGGCCUGCUGCAUCAGAUGCGGGGAGAAUGGUUCGAUGCGGUGAGUUGCUGCGUGACAUUCUCUCGGGCAUCAAUGGUAAGCAGGCCCCAAGACACAAUGCGAUUCCGACAUGCGAUAGUGCGCUUGAUGAGCCUCUGCCAUGGAAGUGCAUUGGAGGAGAUCGGAGGCGAAGAUGGAGACUUUUGCGAAACCAUCGAUUCGCAUGGCUUGGCCACUCGCACCUUGGAGCACUUGACAGACUGUGCAGAGGAGUACGAUUUCAAUCGGGUUGAGGUGCUGCUGCACAUGAUCCAGUCGCUCAUUACUCACAAUUUGGAUGUGGGGGUGCUGAAAGUGCAGCCCCCUAUCCUAUCUCGAGUCUAUCAGACCCUCUCCAGAGGGUUCGUGAAUCUUUUAAAUGCCAAGAAAAUUGCAGAUACAAGGUUUCCCUUCCCUUUCGCGCAGCUCAUUUCGGCGCUCUUGUUUUUGCACGUUGUAUUGCUUCCCGUUCUGAUUUCUGCGGUGAUUUCGCAAGCAUGGUUAGCCUUCACGUUCACUUUUCUUCCAAUCUUCUCGAUGUGUUGUCUCAACUACAUCGGAGUUGAGCUUGAGAACCCCUUCGGUCGAGAUGAUAACGACUUGCCCUUGAAGCACUUCCAGGCCGAGAUGAACAAUUGCCUGCUGAUGCUGCUGCACUACAGCGCGGAUUUGAUGGCCGGCAUUAACAAGCAGCGCUGUCUCAUGGACAUCAUGGAGAUCAGGAAGGCGAUGCAUGGCACUCUCUCUGAAAGUUGGCUUCAGGAGACCAUCGACAAGGCGCCAGGCAGCCCUGCCGAAGCCGUCAAAGACGUUGAGGAGGAAGAGUCUCAGCCCAACUCUGUACAAGAAGCUGGCGUGGAGGUUGUCCUGCCACUAGCGACACAAGGCGAGACCUCGUCGGACGGUGGAGCUGCUCCGAUUUUCGAGGAGCCUGCCUUUGAAGAGAAGCUACAACCUACAACGCUGCUACAAGGCAUGGACCAGGCGGUGAUGGCACUGACCGGCAUCAGACAGGCGAUAGCGAUGCAAGCGACUGAUGUCGAUCGAAGCAUCGAUGGGUUCCUGGCCUUGGCAAAGAAGCUCAGGACUCAAACCGACGAUCUUAUCGCAGACGAAGCUGAGCCAGCAGACGUGGAGUUCACGUUUGGAUGGGACUGCUCGGCUAUUCCCUCCUUCGAAGCCUCCAGCUGA